GCAGGUUUGGGUGCGUGAGACUGAUGGGACAGAAGCUCAGGAUUCAGUCUGGAGCGUCAGAGAUCAGAGAUCCAGAGACACACAGGACUCAGAGCUCAGCCUCACUUUACUCUGUUAUACUGACGCUCAGGAUCAUGAAUCCACUGAUCAAACCUCUGACUGUAACGCUGGAGAACAGCAGAUGCUGCAGACGCCGCUGAAGAUGUGCUCCGUCAAACUGGUGGACUGCAGGAACCUGAUCGAGAGCAGAGGAGAAGAAACCACCGCAGAGAAACAACAACACCACACUGAUGAGGAAGAGGAAGAGGAGGAGGAGGAGGAGAAUAAUGGUGAUGAUGAUGGUGACUUUGUUCCUUUAGAUGACAGCGCUAGUUCAUCUUCUGAUGGACACAUUGGAUCUAUAUCUAAAGAGCAAAGGACAGUGACCAAAUGUGAAAAAAAAUUAAGCAAAGAUGGUCAUUUAACAAAACAUCAGAGAAAACGCACAAAACAGACAAACUACAGCUGCAAGAUCUGUAACAUCAGUUUUCCGACCUUCAAAGAGAGAACCGUUCAUUCAAAAGAGCACAGCGUGAAGAAGGAGUUUCGCUGUGAACAGUGCGGGAAGGAUUUUUUUAACACUCUUUAUAGUAUGAGAGCUCAUAUAAAGACACAUGAAGAAAAGACUCUUCAGUGCAAUGAGUGUAACAAGUAUUUCCGCAACAAAGGACAUCUUUCUGUUCAUAUGAGAAUUCACACGGGUGAGAAACCGUAUCAGUGCCCUAAAUGUGAGGAGAGCUUCCGCCAGGGAUCUAAUCUGAAGAGACAUCUACUCACGCACAGCAAUGAGAGACCGCAUCAGUGCAAUGAAUGUGGAAAACAUUUAACAAACGCAGCUUCUCUGAAGUUACACCAAAAAAUACACUCUGAUGACAAACGUUAUCAGUGUUCACACUGUGAGAAACGUUUCUAUCAUACAGGUCACAGAAAAACCCAUGAGAGGAUUCACACCGGAGAGAAACCGUACCUGUGCUCCGACUGCGGGAAGAGCUUCGCUAGUUCAUUUGCUUUCAAAGUUCAUCAGAGAAUUCAUACAGGAGAAAGACCGUAUCCUUGUAGUGAUUGUGGGAAGAGUUUCUAUAAGCUAAGUGACUUAAAACUACACCGGAGGACUCAUACAAGAGAAAAACCUUUUAAAUGCUCACUUUGUGACAAGACUUUUGGUAUAUCAACUUCCCUGAAGAUCCAUGAACGAAUACAUACAGGAGAGAAACCUUACUGCUGCUCCAUUUGCGGAGAGAGAUUCACUUUUAAAUGGGGUUUUCAGACCCACAAGAAGAAGCACACUGCUCCAGAAUCAUCAUAGCUCCUUCAUGUAAUUAUUUUUAGGUUGUCAAAACAUUGUGUUACAUUAAUGUUGUUUUACGG